AAUUGAUGUCUUUUAUUUUUGUCUUUCAGAUCUCACUUCACACUCACUCUAGCAACCAUCGUUGAUUGUUCCUCUUCCAAAACAACCUCAUCUAUCUCCUUCCACCUCUAAAAAAAUCUGCAGCAUGAGCUCGAAAGCUUUUGCAGCACUGCUUCUUUUGGCCUUCACCAGCUCUUCAAGUGCUACUUGGUGCGUUUGCAAAGAGGGAAGUGAUACGAUUCUGCAGAAAACCUUAGACUAUGCGUGUGGAGCUGGGGCUGAUUGCAACCCUUUGCACCAAAAUGGCCCUUGUUUUCAACCAAACACUGUUAGAGCUCACUGUAACUAUGCAGUUAACAGCUAUUUCCAAAAGAAGAGCCAAGCUCAAGGCUCUUGUGACUUUGCAGGAACCGCCACUGUUACUGCUUCAGAUCCCAGCAGUGCAGGAUGUUCCUACCCUGCAAGUUCCAGCAAUGCAGGCACAGGAACAAACAGUGGGACAACCACAGUUUCGUCUGGCACCUCUUCUUCCCCUCCGUUCAGUUCCACACCAGGAGUGUUGGGAGGGAUCGGCAGUGGCAGCAACACAGAUGACAGUCACGGUGACCUUAUCAACACUACUUUCUUCAUUUCUUUCUUUUCAGGUUUCAUCAUUAUUAUGUCGUGGUGGUGCUGAAAACUCUCUUCUUCUGUGUGCAUGAUGGAGCAACUGAUGCUGUAUUUUACUGUGUAUGUGGGUCUGUUAAUUCUCUUCUUCUAGGUCUUCAAUUAGAGGCAUUAGUUUUUGGUUUACUAUUUUUCUCUUAACAUUUACUUCCAUGAAAGAAAGGAAGGGCUUUUGGUUCUUUCCAACUAUUUCCAAGUAGUGCUGAGGUCUUCGGGAUUUUUUCAUGCA